UCGAAUCUUUUGUCACGAUGGCGGGAAUCGUUCUUUAACAAAUAUUUCUUGAUAUUUUAUGCUUUCACUGCUGGAAACUGUGAUUUUUUGCUGCAGAAUCUAACGGGGUAAGUAUCGUAGGUUAUGCAAUUAAAAUAUAAAGUGUUAGUGUUGUAUAUUUGAGCAGAAAUGGCGUGGCAUUGGGCACUGUUUUCUUUUGUCAAUAGUAUACAAAUGUUUCUAAAAAUAACGGUUGUUUGUUACUUUAAAAGAUUUAAUAGCUAUCUAUGUUUGUCUGUCUUUACGUAUAAAUAUUAUGUUUGUUUGUUUACGGCUUCAUGCCUUGUAGAAAUCGAGAUAUAUAAGUAAAAGUAGUUCAUGUCAGGAGCCAUCUUGAAUUCCUAUUAAAUAGAACAUGCCCCAGGUUGCCUUUUUUUUGCGUUAGAAACCCCCUCGCCCCUGAAACAUGUAGCAUAUGUGUAAUAUGUAGCUGACUCUUGCAGAAUGUAAGGUGUGCCCCUGCCCAAUCAUUCUAAAUUUUGUCUAAACCUCAUAAUAUCAUUCAUGUUUUGUUUACUAAAUACCAGCAGUUUGUAAACAAAGGAAAUGGUAGUAGACUUUACCCUUCAUUGCACUCCAAUAGUCUCGCUUUCAUGACGUUAUUUCCUUGUGUUUGGUGCCCAAGGUUAAGCAUAGCUUUGUGUUUGCAUCAAGAUCAAAACUUACCUGUGCAUGGAACUUGUAUAUUACCACAGGAGGAAAAUGGUUUUGAGUGGUUUUAGAGAUUUACCAUGUUGAAUUGAUGAAAGAGUUUUUCCAUUCAUGGAAUAUUCAUGGCAAAACUCUUAUUGAUUAUUAUUAUGUGCAUGGCAAAGAUGUUUUACUGGAAACAAAAACACUCGUAUUCUCCAUAUUUCAUUAGUAAUAUAUGAAAAAAAAUGUAAUGCGUGUGUUUCCUCACACGGCUGCCAAAUAAAUAGAGAAUAAUACAUGGGUGCGUGGAAAUACCAGAUUUAUUUCGAGUGUUGAACAUGAUGCCUCACGAGUGAGCGCAGCGAAUGAGUGAGAUAUCAUGUUCAACACGAGAAAUAAAUCUGGUAUUUCCAAGCACCCAUGUAUUUUUCUGUUUAUUAUAUACACAAAAUUCAGUGAAAAACAAUAAAACGUCGGUGGCAAUGGGUUUUACAACAAAUUACAUUUUCACACGUAAAAAUAUCGAAUUUUUUACAUGUGUUUAAAUACGAUUUUUCUCAGUGGCCAAAAACUUUAUAUAACACUUUUGUUUAUAUAAUAAAGUAUGUUCUUAUUGAGUUUCUUUUCAUUUUUGUCCAUAUAAUAAAAAGAACAUUACACGGAGGCUCGAACAUAUGAAUAUUAUGUUCUCGUGUUAAAAACAAUAUUUUACUCGCUGCACUCAUUCAUAAAAUGUUGUUUUUACCACUGAGGAUAUUGGGAUACAGUUUAAUAUUCAAGGGUAAAUACCAACCUAAAAUAACACCACAAUUGUCCAACUUUAAUGGCUAAACACACUUGCCCACAACAAAAAAGUACCCUUCAAGUCCUGGGUCAUUUCAGGAAAGGUGGACCACACUUUUAUCAGAAUAAUUUUUUGUGUGCUUGAAAUCUGGAUUUUUUCUGGAUUGUCCUGUACUGACAUCACAAGAUUGCAAGGAUUAGGUUUAAACUGUAGAAAUGUAUUGUCUAGGAUCUCUCUGUGGUGCAGCUGGUUGCAUGAUGCAGCGUACAUAUCCAAAGCGGCAAAAAUAUUCGCUUCGCCUGCCCUACUCUCCGCACCAGAAUGUUCCAAGUCAUGCGAGAACAUACAACUCGCCAGUUCACCACAGUGGUAGUCCCAGAAGAUUCCUCACCCCAGAAAACAACUGUCUCAGAAGCUAUAACUCCCCAGAAAUGCGGAAUGGUGACAAUGCAGUUUCAUCGCCACCCUUCUAUCAUCUUUCUCCAAAGUAUCAGAGAACAAAUAUCAGUGACAAGCAUCCAUCUAACAGACAAAACAAUGAACCAUACUGGAUUGAAAAUUUAAAACAUGAACCUAGCGACGCAUCUCAUUAUUCACCUAAGCCAACAAUUGUUAGUGAAAAGUAUACAUACAGCCCAGGGCAAACUAGAGAACCGUACUGGGCCGACACUGUUGGACGCAAGGCGAACAACACUUCGCCAAAAUUGAUACAUGUGAGCGAGAAGCGUCCAACCCGACAAACCAAAGAACCUUAUUGGAUGGAGAGUUUCGAACAUUAUGAACUCAGCUCACAUCCUGAAGACUUGCAAGAAGCUGAUGAUUUUGGUAUGAAUGCAUAUUUUUUAUACUUGCAGUUUGACUCCUGUUUCCUCAGUUUCCUCGUGUUGUAACACUAGAUCAAUAAAAAAUGUCCUUAGUGGACCUCACAAAGUAACAGUAAGAUCACAUGACCCUUACUAGACCUUCAGAAAGAACAGUUACUGAGCUAUCUAGUAGAAAUAAAGUAGUUUACACUGCCUUAUUAUUUGUUUAAUAACCCAACUAAACCUAAGGAAAAAAUACUUGGGUUUCCAGUUUCUCGACCCUAACUAGCUUUUGGCCAUUGAAAUCACUCACCCUAAUCUUUUUUAUCUGUCGAAGUUUGCAUACAACUUGGAGCAAUUUUUCCAUGGUAUUAGUUUUGUACUAGAAAAUACAUGCAUGCAGAAACCCUCGCCUUGCUGACAAAACCAUUGUAUUUUCCGAACAUGAAGUAUCUAAAGUAGUUGUCAUGGUAACACAAUAAUUUUUUAAGAAUAUUCUUACAAAUGAAAAAUCUCCUAAAAAUAUCACUUUUAAUUACAAAAUUAUUAAUUUCCCAACAUAUAUAUGUUAGGUAUGUUAUUAUACGUAAUAUAAGCCUCAAUUUAAGGUAAAAUUCAACCACAAACGCUUCGCAAAACGUUUUCAAAGUCACUAUAGUGUUAUAAAACUAAACUGCCUUUUAAAAUGGCUUUAUCGAUAAACUUCGAGUUUGCAAAUAACUUUGCUUUCUUUUUUAUUUAAAAAAUUCAAUAUCAUAAGAAACAAAUCAAUAUUAAAGAUACUGAAAUUAUAUGCUGUUUUGUUUAGUUGUUUCAUAUACGCAAAGGCCGUCGGGUUUUAAAUCCAUAUAAAAUCAAUAUUUAAAACAAAGUUACCUUCGUUAACGUCGGCUCCCUUUUUUUAGCCGAUUCUUUCGCAGUUUGUUUCUCAGAGAGUUUUUGAAAUUUACAAAAUCUUGCAAAAAUGCAAGCAAAAUGAAAUAUAUUUGCAAGAAAUUUAUCCGAAUCAUCAAAUCAAGAAAUGUUUGCUAUUUCGCUGUCGUCAUGCAGUCUUUAGAAGAUAGAUAGAAAAACUUUAUUUAAACACGCUGACCCCGUCAACCGAAGCUGAUUUCCACGGGGGGCGUGUGCAAACUAUACAGAUACACUAAAAAGCUAUUUACAAAAUUAUAUAAGAUAUAUAGUAUUAAAUAAGUUAAAGUAAUUUAGAUAUAUUUACAAAUCAUUAAUCAAUCAGUCAAUGUGAGUAACGAUUUUUUUCCGAAAGGCAGAAAGGAAUUUGCUCUCUCUAAUUUCUUUUGGAAUUGAAUUCCAUAGGUGUGCUCCGUCAUACAUGAAACUUUUUUUCAUAUUAUUAGUACGCGGUUGUGGUAGACAAAGACCACUUGAAAUAUCUCGGAGGUGAUACUUUGUUUUCUCACCUUUAUAUGUGAAAAGAUUAGAGAGUGACUUGGGACCCAUUUUAUUUAAUAAUUUGUACAUUAUUUUUGCUUUCCCUUUCUUUCUUUCUGUUUUAAGUGUCUUCCAACCCAAUGCUUGCAGAGCAACAGAAUGAUCUGUGUCAUUGCUCAUAUUCAUAAUGAUUCGAGCAGCUCUAUUUUGGAGUUUUUGGAGUCUUUUUGAUUGUGUCUCACCAAACACAUCCCAUACUUCACAGCAGUAAUCGAAGUAUGGGCGAACAAUAGCAUUAUACACAGAAAGAAGGGCUUGCUUAUCAGCAAAUUCUUUCAGUCGUCUAAGAGCAGAUAUACCGGAUGUUAUUUUCUUGCAAAUAUUCUCAGUGUUACUUUUCCAAGAUAAAUGCUGGUCAAUUGUCACCCCAAGGGUUAUGGAUUCAUGAACUUGCUUAACUGAUUCGUUUUCAAUUUUAACGUUUAGUUGUAGAUCUGAAAUACUUCUAAUCAUUUGUUUAGAGCCAAUAAACAUAAACUCUGUCUUAGCUACAUUUAGGCUAAGUUUAUUGGCAAUUAGCCAUUUUCUAAGAUUUUCUAAAUCAGAAUUCACUGCAGCCUCAAGAUCAGUAAUAGAGUCUCCAGAAGCUGUCAGGUUCGUAUCGUCAGCAAACAGCCGAGGUUUUGUUUUAUAUAGACAUUGAGGCAAAUCAUUAAUAUAUAGUAGGAAAAAUAGUGGCCCUAAAAUAGAGCCUUGUGGUACUCCACAUUUGAUCAGUUUCUCUGAUGAGAGAGAGUUUUGAAUUUGGCAUUUCUGCUUUCUAUUGGAGAUAUACGAUUGGACAAAAGAUAGGGCUUGCCCUUUUACUCCAUAUAACUCUAGUUUUUUCAAUAAAAUUUGAUGGUCAACAGUAUCAAAUGCUUUCUUUAGGUCAAUUAAGAUUACCAGAUUAAAUUUUUUCCUGUCUAGAUUCAUAUACCACUCGUUUGUACAGUCCAGUAAUGCUGUAGUUGUAGAGUGAAAUUUUCGAAAACCAAAUUGACAAUCACUUAGAUGCCCAAAUUUAGUUAAAUAAUCAUAUAGUUGAUCAUAUAGAAUUCGUUCCAUAAUUUUACUAAUGGUUGGCAAAACUGAAAUUGGCCUGUAAUUUCCUGGCAUGUUUCGUUGGCCAUUCUUAUAAAGAGGUAUUACUUUAGCUGUUUUCCAUUCAUCAGGGAAAAUGGAUAGAGUAAUAGCUUGAUUGAAUAUGUAUGUUAGGGAAUCUGAAAUGACAGGUGCAGCUAUUUUAAUAAUUUUGCAUGAAAUCUUAUCAACUCCAGUAGCUUUAUUGCUAGAAAGACAAUGUAAGAGUUGGUAGACAUUCUGGACAGUGACUGGCUGGAACGCAGCGAAUUCUGAUUUAGCAUUCUCAACAUAUGUUUCAUAGUUGAAAUUUGUAGAAUCAAUUUUGCUAGCAAGAUCAGGGCCAAUAUUUGAAAAGUAAUCAUUAAACCCCUCAGCAAUAUCUUGUAUAAUGCAAACUAUAAAUUGGACCAAUCAGUGUCCGCUAUUCGUGAUAGUCCACCAUAUUUUUGAGAUCAGUGAGGAUGACCACCCACCCAACACCGUUGGUGACCCACGCCCGCGAUAAUUGAUGAACUUUAGACUCCGCUAAUGCUUUCGUUUCCCCGGGUGUAAAUAGCCGGGGGGAAUUAGUACCCUUACACGGCGCUGUCGGCUCGGGGACAAAUGUUUGUUCCACCUGUGUUGCUGCAAUUGACGUGACAUGAGAAUAUCACUCUCAUGCAUGCGCUUGUUUUUUGGAUUUUACGUCAUUGUGUAUGUUGAUGUUAUGGACUCAGGUGAAUAUGAUGUUUGUGAUGUUACUUUGAGUGUGUAUCCACACCGGGCAAGCUAAAAAGUUUGCCUGACCACAGUGGGAAUCGAAUCACAGUGGGAAUCAAAUAGUAUCCCAAAGGUUGUGGGUUCGAUUCCCACCGUGGUCAGGCAAAAUUUUCAGCCUGCUCGGUGUAGAUGCACACUUAGUUAUCACAAAGUAGUUCAUGCACCCCCUGAUUGAUCCAGCUCUGGUUUCUGCUGCUGAAGUCUAUGGUAUCUCUCACUUACAGCACAACCACCGAUGGUCCAUAGAGAGUUACCAACAUCUACACCACAAUGUGAUCGCAGUCUGUCAUACAGAUUUCCUAUUCAAGAUCCACAAUGCUUGAGAAGAUGUGUUUCAUCAUUGAAACGAAAACAUCAAGAAACAACUACCCAUGAUGUCAAAAUAUCAAAAUUGGAAUCUUCAGAAAGUAAAAGUACCUCCACCAAGAAAACAGAAUGUAGCAAAGAGGCAAAUACUCAAAGUAGUUCAAAAUCUUGUGGAAUUCCAAAAAGUAAUUCUGAAGGUUCUUCUCAAUCCAAUUCAAUUGUGGCAACAUAUGACGGUAAUGGAAACUUUAUUGUAGUGAGUAAAGCAAGUUCUACAGUUACAACUAGUGGGAACAACCAGACUUUGUCAAGUUCAUUUCUAGAUCGAUUUGAAAAUGAUCCAGAAGAAGGUUAGUUAUCUCUUUGUGUUCCAAACAAUACCUCUAACACACUAUUGUCAUAAACAAUAACGCCAUUGUCAUAAACAAUAAUUCCAUUGUCAUAAACAAUAACUCCAUUGUCAUAAACAAUAACUCCAUUGUCAUAAACAAUAACUCCAUUGUCAUAAACAAUAACUCCAUUGUCAUAAACAAUAACGCCAUUGUCAUAAACAAUCAUGCCAUUGUCAUAAACAAUAACUCCAUUGUCAUAAACAAUAACUCCAUUGUCAUAAACAAUAACGCCAUUGUCAUAAACAAUAACUCCAUUGUCAUAAACAAUAACUCCAUUGUCAUAAACAAUAACUCCAUUGUCAUAAACAAUAACUCCAUUGUCAUAAACAAUAACUCCAUUGUCAUAAACAAUAACUCCAUUGUCAUAAACAAUAACUCCAUUGUCAUAAACAAUAACUCCAUUGUCAUAAACAAUAACUCCAUUGUCAUAAACAAUAACUCCAUUGUCAUGAACAAUAACUCCAUUGUCAUAAACAAUAACGCCAUUGUCAUAAACAAUAAAUCCAUUGUCAUAAACAAUAACGCCAUUGUCAUAAACAAUAACUCCAUUGUCAUAAACAAUAACUCCAUUGUCAUAAACAAUAACUCCAUUGUCAUAAACAAUAACUCCAUUGUCAUAAACAAUAACGCCAUUGUCAUAAACAAUAAAUCCAUUGUCAUAAACAAUAACGCCAUUGUCAUAAACAAUAACGCCAUUGUCAUAAACAGUAACUCCAUUGUCAUAAACAAUAAUGCCAUUGUCAUAAACAGUAACUCCAUUGUCAUAAACAAUAAUGCCAUUGUCAUAAACAACUCCAUUGUCAUAAACAAUAAUGCCAUUGUCAUAAACAACUCCAUUGUCAUAAACAAUAACUCCAUUGUCAUAAACAAUAACUCCAUUGUCAUAAACAAUAAUGCCAUUGUCAUGAACAACUCCAUUGUCAUAAACAAUAAUGCCAUUGUCAUAAACAGUAACUCCAUUGUCAUAAACAAUAAUGCCAUUGUCAUAAACAGUAACUCCAUUGUCAUAAACAAUAAUGCCAUUGUCAUAAACAACUCCAUUGUCAUAAACAAUAAUGCCAUUGUCAUAAACAGUAACUCCAUUGUCAUAAACAAUAAUGCCAUUGUCAUAAACAACUCCAUUGUCAUAAACAAUAAUGCCAUUGUCAUAAACAGUAACUCCAUUGUCAUAAACAAUAAUGCCAUUGUCAUAAACAACUCCAUUGUCAUAAACAAUAACUCCAUUGUCAUAAACAAUAAUGCCAUUGUCAUAAACAACUCCAUUGUCAUAAACAACUCCAUUGUCAUAAACAAUAACUCCAUUGUCAUAAACAGUAAAUCCAUUGUCAUGAACAAUAACUCCAUUGUCAUAAACAAUAACGCCAUUGUCAUAAACAAUAAUUCCAUUGUCAUAAACAAUAACUCCAUUGUCAUAAACAAUAACUCCAUUGUCAUAAACAAUAACUCCAUUGUCAUAAACAAUAACUCCAUUGUCAUAAACAAUAACUCCAUUGUCAUGAACAAUAACGCCAUUGUCAUAAACAAUAAUGCCAUUGUCAUAAACAAUAACUCCAUUGUCAUAAACAAUAAUGCCAUUGUCAUAAACAAUCAUGCCAUUGUCAUAAACAAUAACUCCAUUGUCAUAAACAGUAAAUCCAUUGUCAUAAACAAUAACUCCAUUGUCAUGAACAAUAACUCCAUUGUCAUAAACAGUAAAUCCAUUGUCAUAAACAAUAAAUCCAUUGUCAUGAACAAUAACUCCAUUGUCAUAAACAAUAACGCCAUUGUCAUAAACAAUCAUGCCAUUGUCAUAAACAAUAACUCCAUUGUCAUAAACAAUAACUCCAUUGUCAUAAACAAUAACUCCAUUGUCAUAAACAAUAACUCCAUUGUCAUAAACAAUAACUCCAUUGUCAUAAACAAUAACUCCAUUGUCAUAAACAAUAACUCCAUUGUCAUAAACAAUAACUCCAUUGUCAUGAACAAUAACGCCAUUGUCAUAAACAAUCAUGCCAUUGUCAUAAACAAUAACUCCAUUGUCAUAAACAAUAACGCCAUUGUCAUAAACAAUAACUCCAUUGUCAUAAACAAUAACUCCAUUGUCAUAAACAAUAACUCCAUUGUCAUAAACAAUAACUCCAUUGUCAUGAACAAUAACUCCAUUGUCAUGAACAAUAACGCCAUUGUCAUAAACAAUAACUCCAUUGUCUUGAACAAUAACGCCAUUGUCAUAAACAAUAACUCCAUUGUCUUGAACAAUAACGCCAUUGUCAUAGUGUGAGGGACAUUUUCCAAAACAAUUUAUCAUUGUACAAAUACUGGGGUUUCACUAAGCACUGUCGUGCAGCAGAUGGUGGUCAAACUGCAGUUAUCAGAGUGAGUAGUAGUCUUGUAAGUUGAGUCUUGUAAGUUGAGUCUUGUAAGUAGUAGUCUUGUAUUCAAGGGCAAAUGAAUAGAAUUGAGAGAUGCAGUUUGUUGCUCCCACAUGCGUCGACAUCAGAAAUGGUGACCACCAUCUACUCUAGUACUUACUGAGAUCCACCAAUGCUGUCAUACUUACUGAGAUCCACCAACGCUGUAGUAUUUACUGAGAUUCAACAUUCACAUUUUAAGCUUAAAGUCCAUUCAGAGGUUGUUUGCACAUGUGAUCCCGCGGGAUGAUUUUGAUGUAUUGAAAUAAGUCACUAGGCUUAAACGAAAGUUAAAGGGACUGAAGAUUUACUAUUGCUUGAUCAACCUUUCGUUCGCAAUUAUACUACUAGGAAAAUAAUGCGGUUUUGCUGAAUUAUGAACCAUGACUUAUUUCGAUACGUCGGAGUAGGCAAUUCCAGCUAUUGACUAAGUUUUGAUCUAGGCAAGAAGAACAAAAUCCAUCACCACAGCUAGAAAGAAUGUUCUUUAAUGAAAGAACGUUGAAAUUAGUAAAAUUUCAAAGUUUGUUGGCAAAAUAUUGUAAAAUGAGGGAAUGUAUAAAUAUAGCCCUGUAAAUAUAGCCCUGUGAAGUUCGCAAAUUUUGUAUAGAUUUGUAUUAAGCGCGGUAAAAAUAACCACUUUCGGCUUAAAAAUGGUCUUUUUCACGCGCGUAAUACAAAUCUAUACAAAAUUUGCGAACUUCACAGGGCUAUAUUUUCCUCAUUUCACAAUUUUACUAAUUUUGACAUGCUCUUUCUAGCUGUGGUGAUGGAUUUUGUUCUUCUUGCCUAGAUUAAAAUUUAGUCUACAUAUAGCUGGAAUUGCCUAUUAUCCCGCCUCUCAUUCCGGCAAAGCGAGAUCAUGUAAACAGCCCCUUAUUCUCCCUUUACAGAUGACAUAGAACUGGUCUCAUUUGACGUUCAAGAACUGAAAGUAGAAACAACUUGUAAAGACAAAGUAGAAGAGCAACAGAGCAGUUUAAUUCGGGUUGAAAGUAAUCAUGGUUCCAAUGACCAAUCGUCAAAAGAAAUUGAAGUUGAAAAAUCUAAAACCAAUAUUGAGGUUUUGAAAAUCGACAGUGAUGAUGCAGAAAGUUUGAAAACUUGUGCUAAAGUUGAGAAUGAUGAAACAGAAAGUUUAUCCGAGGCUGAAAGUGAGGUGUUUGAUGACAUUUUCCUAAAAACGAUCAGUAAAGAACUCGAAAAUGAUGCCCAUUGGUCAGAAGAAGCUACCCAACCUAAAGAAAGCGGUGAGAAAAAUGGUGGAGCUGAUUUUGAUUACAAUGAUGACGAACCCUCGCGUUCUGAAGGAAGUAUUUCACCGACUUUUGAUAGUACCUUGUUACGAUAUCUUGACGAUAAUAUCCGUAAUCGAAUAGAGAAUAGAGAAUUGUCUUCACAUGCUAAAGAGGUCGGUGAUGGUGACAAAGAUCAAGCAGUUGGGAAUAAAGGGCCCAAACCAGUCGAUGAUAGCGAAGAAAGCGAUAGCACGAUUAUAUUCCCCGAGGCGCAGCACGAGAGAUCAGUUUUGGGUAAAACAUGUGACGAGUUAGCAAGCAAUGGUGACACGAAAGAGACAAAAAAUGAUCGUGAUCAGUCUGGUAAGAGUUCUGAAAGUGCAAGUUCUCAGCUAUGUAUUGGUAGUACUGUUGAAAAGAGUGAUUGUACUGUUCCUGUUGCAAUAACCAAGGUUCCUGAUAGUGAAGAUCCCCAGCAGAGAGUCGUUGAAGAGAACAAGAAAGAUAGCUGUACGCCUGUUGCAACAAAUAUCCCACAAAGUCUAAACAUGAGGGAGACCAAGAAUGAUGGUGUUACUAUACCCAAGAUUUCUGAUGAAAAAGAUGCAGAAACGUUAUUACAAUUCGACCAAGAAUCAUUAUUUCCCGCCACUGUCCAAGAAUGUGCUAGUACAAAGAUUGAUACUGAUACAUCAUUGGAUGAAAUGCCGUUAUCUUAUAGACAGAAACUAUCUCAAAACUUUGAGACGAGGGAUAAAACCUUAGUUUCAACAGACAACCACACUGUUGAGGGUACGGGUAAAAUCCCGAUAUCUAGUAUGGCUUCUCGUGAAACUACUAAUGGUUCUGGAAGUAAAGAUAAAACUAAAACCGUACGUGAAACGGACAAUUUCAGUACAAAUGUUCAGGGAGCUGAGGCAUCUUUAGAUCAAAGGGCGUUAUCAAAUAGGAUGACUGGUUCUAGUGAAACAAUUGCAAAUUCUGAAAUAUCAUCUCGUGAACAAUGCCAAGACUCUGAAAAUAACAUGCCAGACGUCGCUCCUACGCUGGAGACGUCUACGGACAAUGACAUGAAUGUUGAUGAAGCGAUCAAAUUUAUAAGAGAAAAGUGUGAAGGAACGGUAAAAAAGUCCGUGAAACGGUUUGAGUCUGUGGUAAAUAAACCUACAGAAGCGGGACAAGAAAUGACAACGAACGAAACGGAUAAGACUUCCGAAUCCAAAGAAGGAAAUAAAGAACCACAACAGAUGAUGAGUGAAGAAGACAAUAGUUCUUUUGACAUGAGUAAUAGUUCGAUUGAAGACAACAAUAGCGCCUUUGUACCUCUGUGUGAACGCUUCUUACAGAGUGUUAAACAAGAACUGCAUGGAAAGGAAGAAAAAAGCAAAAAUGGAAAUAGUCAAACCAAUGAAGGUGACAAUAGCUGUGGUACCAAAGACACUUUUAGUGCUGAAAAGAACACAGCAAAUGUUGACAUUUCUGAGGCUGUUAGUAGUGAUUCAUCAAAAGUUGCGAGUUCGGGUACAACUCAAAGCCAGGAAUCCAGUACAUAUAAUAUGCUUCAUUCUGCGGUAUUGGCUUCUAAAAUGGUCAAUCUUAAUAUACCAAAUCAAUCAUCCCACGACAAUGAAGAUGUUAGUUCAAAAGAUACAGGAAAAGUCAUUAGUGUAAUGUCUCAUAUCGAAGUUGCCAGGGUCCUUGUUUCGAAAAUACUGAGUGAGAAACCCAAGCCAUUUGAAGAGUCCGAGUCUGUAUCAAUGUCGAAGGCCAUAGAAGUGGUAGAAGGAAAAAUCAAAGAUCCCGAAACAUCGAUGACUAACGUAUCCAAUAAUCUUGAUUCGAGAAUUUUGAGGGAAAAGGCCAAAACAUCUAAAGAACUUGAAGUAGAGGUCUGUAACAUUGAUACGAAAGCAAUUCAAAUCUCAAAUGCUACGGAAGGGAUAAAAGACAUUGGUAUCAAUGACCCAGACAUGCCCAAAGAUUUGAUGGCUGGAAUGUCUAAACCUCUUGGUUUGGAAAAAGAAAUUACGUUGUCAAAGAGAGCCAUAGAGCCAAAAGGAGAGAAUUGUAAUCCUGAGGAUCUUGUAGAUAUGACUACCGUACCGAUAGGAAGUAUUGCUAAGAACGAUCCAGACAUUUGCAAGACCCAUGGUUUGGAAAUUCACAAGGCCUAUAUAGAGAUAGAGUCAGAAGUGAGUUCUAGUCCAGAAGAAAUGGCAGUUCAGACGUCCAAGAAGAAUGCAGAUUCGGACGUUCAAAAUUGUGAUCGUAAAGAUGCAGAGAUAGAGAGUUCUAACACCAAUGAUAUAUUCGAUCCACACAUAUCUAAGAGCUCAGAGGCUGCAGUCAAGGUCAGUGAUAGCUUAGAUAUUGAAGAUAACAAUCAAUCUCAAGGAACGUACGACGAAACCCAUACAGGUUCAAAGCCUGAUAUUGAAAUCCCAAGUCAGAUUUCUGAGGCAACAGAUGAAGGUGCUAAACAUUUAACGAAAGAUUUGCAGAUGUUGGAAAACCCAGAGAUUUCUGAGAUGGCAGAGCCUGUUAUUUCCCAGAAUAGAGCAAACUCGUCCUCCAAUGAUUCAUUGACAACUAAAUUGGAAGCAAUGACGUCCGAUGUUGAAAUGAGUACGAAUGGAAAUUGGGGUUUACCUACACCUGACGAGCAGGCUACUCGUGGCGUGGGGCCCAAUUCAAUUGGUACUGAAGAUUCAGAAAGAAUGGAAACUGAUGAUUCAGACUUACGCAUUGUUUGCAAUGCAGCGUCUGGGUUGCCUGAUGAUGAAACACCACAGGCGACCGAAAACCAAGAGAAAGCUGUUGUGGAAGAGAUUUCCAACUCGCCUGUUGCAAACAGUCCAGCGUAUAUUGUGACUGAAGAUGAAACACAACAGGCGACCCAAAACCAAGAGAAAGCUAUUGUGGGAGAGAUGUCAAAUUUGCCUGUUGCAAAAAGUCCAGCGUCUACUAUGACUGAAAAUGAAACACAACAGGCGAGCCAAAAUCAAGACAAAGCUGUUGUGGGAGAGAUGUCAAACUCCUGUGUUGUAGGUUCAGCGUCUACAAUGACUGAAGAUGAAACACAACAGGAGAGCCACAACCAAGAGAAAGCUGUUAUGGGAGAGAUGUCAAACUUGCCUGUUGCAAAUAGUCCAGCGUCGACAAUGACUGAAGAUGAAACACAACAGGUGAGCCACAACCAAGAGAAAGCUGUUGUUGGAGAGAUGUCAAAUUCCCGUGUUGCAAACAGUCCAGCGUGUAUUGUGACUGAAGGUGAAACACAACAGGAGAGCCACAACCAAGAGAAAGCUGUUAUGGACGAGAUUUCCAACUCGCGUGUUGCAAAAAGUCCAGCGUCUACUAUGACUGAAGAUGAAGCACCACAGGCGAGCCAAAAUCAAGACAAAGCUGUUGUGGGAGAGAUGUCAAAUUUGCGUGUUGUAGGCCCAGCGUCUACAAUGUCUGAAAGUGAAACACCACAGGAGAGCCAAAACAAAGAGAAAGCUGUUAUGGACGAGAUUUCCAACUCGCGUAUUGCAAAAAGUCCAGCGUCUACGAUGACUGAAGAUGAAGCACAACAGGUGAGCCACAACCAAGAGAAAGCUGUUGUGGGAGAGAUGUCAAAUUCGCGUGUUGUAGGUCCAGCGUCUACAAUGACUGAAAGUGAAACACCACAGCAGAGCCAAAACCAAGAGAAAGCUGUUAUGGACGAGAUUUCCAACUCGCUUGUUGCAAACAGUCCAGCGUGUAUUGUGACUGAAGGUGAAACACAACAGGCGACCCAAAAUCAAGACAAAGCUGAUGUGAGAGAGAUGUCAAACUUGCUUGUUGCAAACAGUCCAGCGUCUACUAUGACUGAAGGCGAGACACCACAGGCGAUCCAAAACCAAGAGAAAGCUGUUGUGGGAGAGAUGUCAAACUUGCGUGUUGCAAACAGUUCAGCGUCUACUAUGACUGAGGAUGAAACACAACAGGCGAGCCAAAAUCAAGAGAAAGCUAUUGUGGGAGAGAUGUCAAACUUGCUUGUAGGUCCAGCGACUACCACGAUUCAGGAUGAAACUCCCCAGGUAUCCGAAGAAGAGAAGCAGGCUGAUGUGGAAGGUAAUGAGAGUUCAAAGUCGGAUUCAUCUGGCCCUGAAGCUGUUAAAGUUCAUUCAAAUUCCGAUGCAGAUCAUGCUAAAGUUGAUGUUGAUGUUGAUGUUGAACAUAAAAAUAUUUCAAAAUCGGAUUCAUCAGGUGCUGAAGUGCUUAAAAGCAAAGUUCAUUCAAAUUCCGAUGCAAUUGAUUGUAUUUCGUUCAUUGAAGAUAAAAUACCACAAGUGAGCAAAGAGAAAGAAGAUGUUGAACAUAAAAAUAAUUCAACAUCGGAUUCAUCAGACACUGUAGUUCCUAAACGUAAAUUUGAUAAAGAUACUUCAAAACCAACUGUUAAAAGCAGAGAUGACAAUGACGAUACUGUGGCUGUUAGAAGCAGCGAGGACAAUGAUGACCCUGUUAAAAGCAAUGACAAUGGUGACGACACUGUCAAGAGGAAUAAUGGAACCUUUGAUGAAGUCAUAGUUUUGGCAGAACAGCAGGAAACAUCAAAUGAGCUUAAGAUACCUGAACAGCAGAAAAACAAUGACAGCACGAUGGAGGAAGAUCUUACAGUCCCUGUUGAAAUUAAACUUGAAGAAAACCUCACAUCUCCCGAUGAAAGUAAACUUGAAAACGACAGUUUCGUUCGCAAUGAAAGUAAUCACGAUGAUCUUCUAGUCUCUAAACUGGAUAAAGUUAAUGAUCAGGACAUUGAUAUGAUGAAAAAGAUGAUUUCCAAAUUACUUGUACCAGACGAAAACUUUUCUUUUUUUCUCGAAAAAUACGUGGAACUGAACGACAAGGUAGACAAGAUUAAUGGUGCAGCUGAUUUUGAUUACAAUGAUAACGGACCCUCGCGUUCUGAAGGAACGGGUUUAACAGCAUCAGUGCCACCAUCACCUGAUAGUGUAAUGACUGAUAGUGAGAAUUCCUCAGCCUCUUCUGAAGAUGCAUACGUGCAGAGUCUUAUAGCAAGAGCUCGUCAGUUGAGUGACAUGGAUUUGUCAAGCCUUGAAAGUAGCGAUAUCGAAAUGGGUAUGCCACCAGAUUUGUCGGGAAUACAAGAAGGUAGUAUGGAUACUGAAUUGACAAAUGAUUGUGCUUUGAAUAAAGCUAGUCAAAAAUGUAACCCUGAAAUGGAUAGUACAAGGAAUGAGAGCAGUGAUAUUGUAAUGGCAGUCCUAUCACAUCCGCCCGAAACCCAUGAAACUGAUGUACCACACAAUGAAUUGGCAAAAGAUCUUGUUUCGAAAAAAGCUGGUGAAAAAAGCGACACUGAAAUGGAUAAAACAAGCAAUCAGAGCAGUGUUAUUGAAACUUAUAAUAAAACAGGAACACAUGAAUUAACCAAGGAUCUUGACUUGAUACACGAAGAUUUUAUAUCAUUGUCUAAAGAAUUAAAACAAAGACACGAAACCUUAGUAUGUAAUAGCUCAACACAGGAAAGACAAACUACUCGUACAUCGGUAAAUCAAUCGAGAGUUUCACGUAGAGUAUCCAUUAAAGAGCGGAAAGAAGUUUCGAAGAAUAUCAAAGAAGUUUAUAAGAAUGGAACAGAUCUUUCUAAAUAUGGCAAAGGACUUUCUAAGAAUAACAACGAAACUUCCAUCAGUAACCAAGAGCUUUCUAUCAAUAACAAAACACCUCGUAAAAGAGGUCGCCCUCCAAAACGAUCAUACCAAAUGCUAGUACAAAAACCUGACAAUCAAGAAGAUGUUUCUGCCAAAAAGCCCGAAAGACGCUCGCCCCGUCAAGAAGAUGUUUCUGCCAAAAAGCCCAAAAGACGCUCGCCGCGGCAAAUUCUUUGCAGCCGAGCAAUACCUUACCGUCGAGAUAUGUUCAAGACAUUCAAUCUAGGUCGAUCAAAAGACUCCAUAAAGCUUGAAAAAAAUUUUAGGGAGAAAGACGGGGAGACAUUCGAACUUAAUGUAGAUCAAGUUAUUGAUAUAGUGGAUGUUUGUGGUGACGUAGAUGAUUUUCACCUCAAGUUAGAUGAUGCGUCUGAAGAAGACCAUUGGUCACCUGAUCAGCUCUAUAAUUUUCUGGGUUGUCCUUCCAAUGAGAAGACCUUGCCACAAAACUCCUUAGGUAGUUCUAUAUCACUUCAGACAACUAGUUUACCCGCAAGCAGUACCAAACCAAUUGGGGAGGCUGUUAUAAUCAACAGAACAAACUCUGGUACACGUGGCGAAACCACACUGAAAGAGCGCACUCCGCGUGGUUCUUUACCACAGGGGAUUGACAAUUCAGUUGCAGGAAACAGUUCUCAAGGCGGUGCAUUACCAAACCAGCUUGGAAAAUCAUUAACUAUACCAAGAAUAAUGAUGGGUGCUACACCUAAUAAAUCCAUAGCAGAAACAAGUUCUUUAAAAAGUUCUUUGGCAGACCAGACUUGUAAUCCACCAUCCAGUAGUACCACACCAAGGCGCAGUACAUGUGCCACGUCCUUACGGGAGGAAAGUCCUGCAAGCGAUACCAUUCCACUCUGUUCCCUCGGUGCAUCAAACAAUGUCGAUAGAAAUGAGAAUGAAAGUAGCAAGUCGUUAGCGGAGGAGAGUUCAAUGAGCGAUUUACACGAUGAUCGUAGUUCCACACGAAGUGAAGUUUGUGUUUCCCUCGGUACAGCCAAACCUGAUGAAGGAAGGCUUACUGGUUCCAUGUCAAGUGAGAUGACACGUGAUAAGAGCUUACCUGAGAAUAUGCGUUUGAGCAUUUCGGAGGUCCCAAGUGCUUCCACAUCAAAUGGGCUCCAUACAAGUCUUGGUAGUUCUAAACCAAGCGAGAGGUCUCAGUCCUUGGAUGGUUCUGAUGAGAAUCUUGUACCUACGUCGGCUGAUUUUUGUAGUUCUAACGGUUCGUCUUUACCAACGUCUCCUCUCUCUCAAAAUAUGGAAGAUAUUAGCAGUUCCACAGGAUACAGCUCAACAUCAACGGCGAUUAUGGACAGCCAAGAGAGUUCGAUAGAGAGCAAUGAACGACAUGACACAGGAGAGUCUUUAAAGAUCACACUAAUCAGUGAAACAGAUCCUAACACUGGCAAGACAAACUGGACUCAAAGUCCUGGAAAACUCACAGAAAGUGCCAAGGUAAAUGUUUCAAAUCUUUAAGAAUUCUAAGAAAGCUUUAUGAGUAGAUGUAGUGUUUUUCAGAAAGUUCAGACACCUACACUGGACCACCACGUUUGAGAUAUCUUUUUCAGGUAGUUCAGACACAAAACAUGACAGCUUAUUGUAGAAUACUACCUACACUGGACCAGCACGUUUGAGAUAUCUUUUCAGGUAGUUCAGACACAAACCACGACAGCUUAUUAUAGAAUACUACCUACACUGGACCACCACGUUGGCAUUACUUUACUGUUUAAAGCAGAGUACAUAUGGGAGGGAUAAAUAAAACAAUUAACUUAACUUUUUUCUUUUAAUAGAAAGAACCAUGUACGGGGUAUGGAUUGCGUCCUUCAAAGACAAGAAAAACGAAACACCCAUCACCAACUCCAACAGAUCCUCACGGUAGAAUCUUAAUAUAACAUUACAAAUGUGUAGAUUUUCCUUUCAUGAUGAAGUUUUAUCUGUUUAUUUUGUAGCUAAAAGAAGACGUAUCACAACCACUGAUCCAAGAGUUGGAACGCAGAGUCCACAGGCCUUGCAUCAUCUCGCUAAACGGUAAUCAAUAAUUUGAAUGUAUAGUUUACAAAUGUCAUGUUAUCAGAGUAGUUUGUUUAAGAAAUAUUCAGUUUUCUGAUUAUAAUUAAAGACGACUGCUUUCAAUUUAACUCUAACAAACAGUGCACAUUUUCUCUAUGAACAACAGUUUCGAACUGAUGGAGCUAUCCAGUAUAAAAAAGUUAGUUUAGUUUAGGUUUCCUCCUGUAGUAACACUGGAUCAAUAAGAGAUGAUCCUUACUGGACCUCUAGGAAGAACAGUUUCGAACUGAUAGAGCUAUCCAGGAUAAAUAAAGAUAGUUUAGUUUAGGUUUCCUCCUGUAGUAACACUGGAUCAAUAAGAGAUGAUCCUUACUGGACCUCUAGGAAGAACAGUUUCGAACUGAUAGAGCUAUCCAGUAUAACAAAGUUAGUUUAGUUUAGGUUUCCUCCUGUAGAAACACUGGAUCAAUAAGAGGUGAUCCUUACUGUACCUCUAGGAAGAACAGUUUAGAACUGAUAGAGCCAACCAAUACAAAAAUGUUAGUUUAGUUUAGGUUUCCUUCUGCAGUAACACUGGAUCAUUAAGGAAUGCUAGGAAGAACAAUUUAGAACCUAUGGAGCUAUCAUGUGUAAAGUCCAGUAUAAAUGAAGCUAGUUUAUAAAUGGAAAUUGGAAAGAUCAUAUAAAAAAGUUCUAAGAAUGUUUUCGUUCUCUAGACCGUUAGAAAAGUACAUCCGAAAUGUGGAGAAAGUAUAUCGUACAUCUGACAAGAAUCCCAAGAAAGGAUCGUUGUCAAUUGCUAUGAAUGAUCACGUCAGCAAAACUGCUUCCCAAGAUCAGGAAGGUGUGUUCAAGUCAAAUCAUUCCCAAAAGACCUUAUGCAUAAUGACGUCACAAAGCUUGAUGCCCGCGAGGAAUGCUGGUCUUGGUAGUCAUCGCCCGGGAAAAUUAAACAAUUCAAAAUAGCCACUACUACGACCUGCAUUCCUCGCCGGCAUCAAGCCUUGUGACGUCAUUAUGCAUAAGGUCUAUUGACAAAGUCGCUGGUUCAAGGUACUUGAAUCAUGGGUUCAAUUUCUCGGUUGUGGCAUUCAGAAAUAUUUUUUUACGCUACACUGCUGAAGAAAGCAAAGAGUAAUAUGCAUAAUCAUUUCACCCAAAAACAGAACGUUGUGAAUCUAUUAUGCUCAGAUAUUUAGCGUGUCUUAUUUGUUGUUCAUUUAAACAGGUGACUAUCUAAAGCUUGGUGACACUGACGUUAUGUAUGAAAUUGUUAAAAAAGCUUGUGAUGAAAGGUCGGUAUUUUAAAUAAAAAGUCAUUCAAAAAUGUACAGUUAAGCUGAAAAGCAACAUUUUUAUGAAGUUCCCAAAAUCAUCUGAUUGUGUAUGAAAAGAGCCUGGGAUUUGAAUGAUGUUUUUUUUUCAGCAAGUUUAAGCGUAGCCGACCAUCUCCUCGCUCGCUGUAUUUUGCUGCAAAGCAAGGGAAUGUGUUACAAGUGUUAGUGUUAGCUGCUGGUUGUAAUGUGAAUGCUACGAUCCCUCAAGAGAAACACAAAACUGCGAUGCAUUCGGCAGCUGGUGCUGGUCAUGCUCAUGUACUAAGACUCUUGUGCAUGGUAAGUGGAGAUUGUUACGUUGAGUGGCAUAAGUGCUAUAUGACAGAGGUUUGAUUUCUACCCGAAGAUAUCUAACUGUAAUUUAUCCUCGGUAAGAAGGAUCCAGUUGACCAAACACUACAUUUUUACUUCCCCCAGGAAGUUAUUAUGUGUUCAUCAUACGAAAAUAUUUGGGGCUUGCGAACAUUGGCUAAGGGCAAAUUGAUUUAGUUAUGGUUCAAUUUGAAUGAAAAUUGGAUGAGAAAUCAGAAAAGUUUGUCUUGCUUUGCUGGGCAGAGCAAACUGAGUUAGUCCAUUGUAUAAUUUAUUGUUUUGGCAAGGUGAGAGUCAAAUAAAUUUCUGAAUUCUUUUUAGAUUGGCGGCAAUCUGUCCUGUUUGGAUACAAAUCUACAAACUCCAUUGGUAAGUAACCGGUAGCCUGCGGUAGCCUGAGUAUCAGGCCAUAUUUUACGCAGGUUAGUAAAAAAAGUGAAAAUCCUGCUUUUUACCAGAUUGGUCUAUCAAACAAAAAAUGUAAUCUGUCCUUUGCUUGGUUAGUGCUAAUUAGAUUACACUAUUGUUCAAUAUCUAUUUUAGUAGUUUCAACUAUAGUUAGAUUAUUAUUAUUAUAUUAUUAUGUGAAAUUUUCCCUGGAACAUUUUGUUUGGAUACUAAAUAUAAACUUUAGAGAGCGACCAGAUAAAGGUUUUUGUCAGAAGUAGUAUACAUCAGUAAUUUGCUGUUAUCCAACGAAUCUAGUUUGAUGCUGUUGAAAACCAACAAACACAAGUUGUGAAAUACUUGAUAAGUCAGGACGUAAAUUUAAAUUUAAAAGUAAGUAUAAAGUAAUUGUGUCAUUGGUAUUUAAUACAACGUUUGAACCAAGUGGUCAAUGUGCCUUUACUCGAACAUAAUGAGAGUAUUCUGACUGUACCAAACACCACAUGUACUUUCCUGCAUUAGGUUUCCUCAUGUAGUAACAUUGGAUCAAUAAGAGAUAACCCUGACUGGACCUCUAGGGAGAACAGUUUAGAACUGAUAGAGCUAUCCAGUAUAAAUAAAGUUAGUUUAGUUUAGGUUUCCUCCUGUAGUAACACUGGAUCAAUGAGAGAUGAUUCUUACUGGACCUCUAGGGAGAACAGUUUAGAACUGAUAGAGCUAUCCAGUAUAAAUAAAGUUAGUUUAGUUUAGGUUUCCUCCUGUAGUAACACUGGAUCAAUGAGAGAUGAUCCUUACUGGACCUCUAGGGAGAACAGUUUAGAACUGAUAGAGCUAUCCAGUAUAAAUAAAGUUAGUUUAGUUUAGGUUUCCUCCUGUAGUAACACUGGAUCAAUGAGAGAUGAUUCUUACUGGACCUCUAGGGAGAACAGUUUAGAACUGAUAGAGCUAUCCAGUAUAAAUAAAGUUAGUUUAGUUUAGGUUUCCUCCUGUAGUAACACUGGAUCAAUGAGAGAUGAUCCUUACUGGACCUCUAGGGAGAACAGUUUAGAACUGAUAGAGCUAUCCAGUAUAAAUAAAGUUAGUUUAGUUUAGGUUUCCUCCUGUAGUAACACUGGAUCAAUAAGAGAUGAUCCUUACUGGACCUCUAGGAAGAACAGUUUAGAACUGAUAGAGCUAUUCAGUAUAAAUAAAGUUAGUUUAGUUUAGGUUUCCUUCUGUAGUAACACUGGAUCAAUAAGAGAUGAUCCUUACUGCACCUCUAGGAAGAACAGUUUAGAACUGAUAGAGCUAUCCAGUAUAAAUAAAGUUAGUUUAGUUUAGGUUUCCUUCUGUAGUAACACUGGAUCAAUAAGAGAUGAUCCUUACUGCAUCUCUAGGAAGAACAGUUUAGAACUGAUAGAGCUAUCCAGUAUAAAUAAAGUUAGUUUAGUUUAGGUUUCCUUCUGUAGUAACACUGGAUCAAUGAGAGAUGAUCCUUACUGGACCUCUAGGAAGAACAGUUUAGACCUAAUGGAGCUAUCCAGUAUAGUUAAAGUUUAGGUUUAACACUGGAUCAAUAUUGGAUGUCUAGAGAGAUCAGUGUAGAACCGACAGAGCUAUCUAGUAUUACUGACGUCACGUACGUUUUCUUGUUUGUUUAAUUGUCGUUCUAUGCAUACACACUACAUGCCAUAAACAUUUUAAAUUUUCAGGAUUCUCAAGGAAUGACCGUGUUGCAUGUCGCUGCUCAGAAAUCUAACUUGGAAAUCAUCAACCUGCUCAUGGACACACGCAAAAUGAGUGUGAAUGAACAGGAUAGUGGGGGAUGGACAGCGUUAAUGUGGACUGCAGAGGGGAAACGUACGGAUGUAGCGAAAUGUCUGUUGAAAUGGGGUGCUGAUGUUAAUAUUUUAGAUAGCGUAAGUAGAAGCCAAUGUCUUUAUUAAACUGCGUUCACACGGGAGCGAAAUAAUUUCCGUGUGUUCACACAACGCCAUUACAGUUUGUUUACAAAUUAAAUUAGCACUCAUGUAAAGCCAAAAUAUCUCAAAUAGAGCAAAGAAAUUAAACGAAAAGCAUUCGAAUUUACUGUUUUGAGACCAGAGAUGUUUGGUUUGCAAGCGGUACAAAAAGAUAACUCUCCGUUUUCAUCCGUUUAGAAACUGUACUCAAAUUGUUCCAGCAAAAGUGAUGUUUUGAAACAAUUGUGACUUUUUUGUUGUGCCGAGAAUAUGAUGAAGCUUUCGUUGGUAGGCACAAGGAGAAUUUCGGCGUUUCGAGCGAAGGCCCUUCGUUUGGAGUUAUUGAUGUUACUAACUGCAGACGAAGGGCCAUCACUCGAAACGUCGAAAUUCUCUUUCUGUUUGUCAGGUAGUUGAAUUCCUACCAACGAAAGCUUGUUGAAUCGGCCAUUUUGGAGCAGCCCAUGUGUUGAAAUGUAGCGACUAAGCUAGUUUUCUUCUCCCUACAGGAGCAGAACACAUGUCUCCACUGGGCAGCGCUGGCAGGCGGCACGGAAAUCAUGGAUCUUCUACUCGAAUCAAAUGUUCAUAUUGAUGCAAGAAAUAUGUUUGGAGCAACAGCACUGUAAGUAGAAUAUGAUAUCUUGUUAAACGUUGUAACAUAGAAGUGGUUAGUCUCUCUCGCAAGUCGCAGCCUGUUCGUGGGUGACAGUUCCCACUCCCGCGAACAGGCUGCGAGGGAGACUAAGAAGUGGCCUUUCACACAUAUUGUGAUCUGCGAGGACACCAGGAGAUUUUGAAACCGAAGGCAUGAAACCCAAAAAAACUGAUAAAGUGGGGUCCUUCUGUGUCACUUUCUGACGAACAUUCCUGAAUCUCAUUCAUUCAAUUUUUUCUAGUCACAUCUCAGCACGAGAAAAAAAACUUCCAAACCUCAAGUAGGGAAUCUUCAAAUAUUUGAUUUUGUUUUUAUCUGCUUUGCACUCAUCAGAUACUGUGAUUUUUAGAACACUUGAAAAGUACCGUCCUAAUAUGGAGAUCAGAAACGCCGAGGGAAAGAAAGCACUAGAAGUAAGAAUUGCAUGUUCCCAUUGUUAACCCUUUGAGUGGCAAUGCUCUCCCUGAUGCACUGCUACUUUAUUGUCUUACUCUGUCUAACACCACAGAAGAUUCUACUCAUCAAGGGGAGAGUGCUGUCACUCAGUGGGUUAACUUUCUGCUUUGCAUGCCAGUCUUUGUACCUUGAGAAAAUCUAUGACUUUCAGGAGAGUGUUGACUAAUUAUUUUUACUUAAGUGUCUCUCCAGUUCAAACCCACGAGCUUGCUCUAAUGAUUACUCACCGUUCAUAUAUUUUAUCUUCCUUUAGCUUGUUCCGCACAACUCCAGAUGUUACCGUCAGUUGGAGAAGAUGGAAAUGUUAAUGAGCUUCGCAAUGUGUACUUUAAAACAACGUCUGAUUUCACGGUAAGAUUCAUCCUAUCUGUCUACAAUAAUAUGUUACUUGCGACACUUUAACUCAUUUAGUUGCAUUGCGCUCGGAUGUACCCUACUUUAUUAUUUUACUCUGUCUAUAAUGAGUAAUGCCAGAGAAAAGGCAGAGUGUUGUCACUCGAUAUGUUUAAUGGUUUUCCUACUAGGGGACAAAGUAAGACACACCCCUCCACUGUUGGCUAAUACUACUUGAAGAACUCGUCUCACAUGUAAACAACUGCAACUUGCAAGAACAAAACUGCAGUCAUAGAGGUGGUAUAACCAUGCACUCCAACAAUCUUCACUCGUCUAUUUCUUUAUUAUUGCAGAGAUAUCUCGAGAGGACAAGAGAAAAGACCAAUUCCUUGUAUAAACGAGGUAAGAAAGGUUCGAACCUACAUGUUGCUGCUUUCUCAGUAAUUUUUCAAAAAUUAAAACGAUACUCCAAAAUUUUUGCUUGUUAGGAUUGCUCAAAAAAUGUAAACAAACUUUUAAAAAAUUUUCCUCCAAUGCACCCCCUUUGGCAUGUGGCCCCUAUGAUUCUAGCUAUAGGAAAGCAUGAAACGUCAAUGUUUACCAGACUUUAAUUGUUCAGGUUGAUGACGAAAACCUUCCAGACGACUUUGUUUAUGUCAGUAACAAUUUAGAAAGUAAAAGUGAAGGUUUUGAUCGUUCCACGACGGUAAGUAGCUGUU